CUGGCCCGGAUUCAGACUGACAGCGUAGUCAAGAUGCUCCAAGAGCUAUACCCUGACCUCUGCUUUGAGAUAGUUGCCAUGUCAACAACUGGAGACAAAAUCUUGGAUACAGCACUUUCUAAGAUUGGGGAGAAGAGCCUUUUCACCAAAGAGCUGGAAAAUGCACUUGAAAGAAAUGAAGUUGACCUUGUGGUUCACUCCUUGAAGGACCUGCCAACUUCUCUUCCUCCUGGCUUUACCAUUGGUGCUGUCUGCAAAAGGGAAAACCCACUUGAUGCUGUUGUCUUUCACCCCAAGAACUGUGGAAAAACACUUGAUCUUAUUUUUCCCCACAGUGUGAUUGGAACCAGUUCACUUCGGAGAGCAGCUCAACUCAAAAAGAAGUUCCCUCAGUUAGAAUUCAGGGAUAUUAGAGGAAAUUUAAAUACCCGCUUAAAGAAGCUAGAUGAAAAGGAAGACUUCAGUGCCAUCAUCCUGGCUGCUGCUGGCCUGAAGAGAAUGGGCUGGGAGAAUCGCAUCGGCCAGCUCCUAAGCCCUGAAGAUUGCCUGUAUGCCGUUGGACAGGGUGCCUUAGCAGUGGAAGUUCGUGCCAAAGACCAAGAGAUACUGAGUAUGGUAUCUGCCCUGCAUGAUGCAGACACUGUGUUAUGCUGCAUUGCUGAGAGAGCCUUUAUGAAGCACUUGGAGGGUGGAUGUAGCGUCCCUGUUGCUGUUAACACCCUGCUGAAAGAUGGACAGUUGUAUUUGACAGGAGCAGUCUACAGCUUGGAUGGCUGUGAUAGCUUGAAGGAGACUAUGCAGGCCAGUGUUAAUUACCCGCAACAGAAUGAAGAUGGACCGAACGAUGAUGUGCAGCAUGUUGGCAUCACAGCCAAGAACAUCCCUCGUCAGGCCCAGGAAGCUGCAGAGAACCUUGGUGUUGAACUAGCUAGUUUACUUCUGAGCAAGGGCGCAAAGCAUAUUCUUAGCGUGGCAAGGCAGCUCAACGAUGCCCGUUAGCCCUGCGGUGGGGCCAGCAGGAGUGCUAUGACUCCAGCUACAAGUCCCUGCAGCUACACCGACAUCCUCCUUUGGAGGAGGGAUUUAUUUAAACAUUCACAUCAGUCUUACCUGACAUUUGGGCACAGAAACUUGAAAUAGUAAAUUAACUAACUUGAGUAGUUUGUGCUGGUCAGGGUUUUCAUCACUCUCCACAUUUCUCUAAAUUGCUCAGUGUCUCUGAAGUUUUUUCAACAA